AACCAUCAGGCGUUGUCCAGUCCACUGCCUCACUUUUAAAUGUUUUUGCACAGGUUUAAACGUUUGAUCAAGUGUGACCCGAGAACAAGUGACACCCAACAAGACAACGCCGACACUUCAAACAGAAAUCUCGAGUCGUUCAGUGUUGAUGCAGUAGUUUUCCUAAGGUUGUUUUUCUUUGAUUUUCUCUGUGGAAGUAAAGGAAGCGAAUGUCCACAUCCAAUGGCUUCAGAGAUGGUGACCAGACUUCUUCGGCCGGACGUGGACCAUCAGCCAAGGCUGCACCGGCCUGGCACCAUCAACAGAGCGUCAAGGAUCCAUUGGAAGACGUAUUUUUAAAACCGAUGGAAAAGCCAUGGAAGUCACCACCGCCUGCCAGUGGAGGAAAGCCUAACUCGGUGUCUGCUCCACUGGCUAUGCAAAUGAAUAGCUCAACUCCACUCCACUUCAAUUCGGCAGUGGCUCUUUCUCCGGGGAACAUGUCGGCGAGCACGACACGCGUGUCACUCGACCUAUUCCACAAAAACGCAUUCCGAUAUAACAUGGAACAGCCAUCCCGACCUUCGCUCACUACUGAUUUCGCUCUUUCGGCUUUAAAGAACAGCUUUUCCAUGUCGUCGUUGUCGCAAACGAGUCAUCCCGGAGGGGCUGGAUCGCCAGCUGAUACGCCACCGUCUGCCGCUCAGCAGACGCCGGAUGUAGCCGCUCGGCUUAAAUGGGAACGACCUUUUAACAGCUUGACUCGCCUCAAAGAGAGAGGGGCAGGGAGAGUUCAUUGGCGCCGCUCUUUUGGUGCGUCUCCGUUGAACGUUAAAGAAGAUGCGCCAGUGAACGUUCAAGGAUCGACUGGCCAACAUAAUGCCAACACGGACUGGCUGGGCAACGCCGACUACACUUUCCUGAUGAGCUGCGACUUGAUUGAAAGUUGCCGCAGCCUCAACGGUGAAAUGUCGUGGGAUAAUGGCGACCUGGAGCAUUUGAGAAUGGGCGACGUGAGUGCCCGAUCAACGGUCAAAAACAACCAGUCCGUAGCUGUAGGCUGUCAGACUGAUGCUGAAGUCAACAUUCCGGAUUUGCAAUUGCAAUUGCGAUUACUUCGAGAGUGGUUGAAACGCAUGGAGAACAAGGUGCCGAAACUCGUCUUGCGUCCCAAGUGGACGCGGGAAACUUUGGAUCGUCGUAUCGCCAGCUAUAAGAGACUCAAGCGAGAGAUCGACGCCCAUUCAGCUGAAUUCGGAGCGGCUUGUCUACGUUGCGCCUCGUGGAACCCUCGAGUUGGCCGGCUGCUGGAGAACCGCUAUCAUCGCCUGCUGCUUCGCAUCCUCGAGUGGACUUACCACCUGGAGGCCUUGGCCAAAAAACCACCGGAAUUCUGGAGCGGGCGUAGAGCGGCAAUCAGCAGCCCGGAAAGCGAAGUCGGAUUGCCUAGUAAGCAAGCCCGUCUUGACGAUUCGAGUCCGUCGCACAUCAAUCAAAAAGCCGGACAGGUGAAGAACGAACGAACGGGAGAGAUGCGUCAGUCGAAUGCCGAAGGCGGCUUGUCACCGCCGCUACCGGCCGCCGUCCCCGUCUCGAGGACUAACAUGGGCGUCUACGAGUUUAAGCACGCAGACACGGACUCGGAAAACACGCGGCCACCAAACACACCGAGUGGAGAGGAGGAUGUAAAGGGCUCGGCGCGGAAACGUUCCAACCUUUCCGAGGGUUUGCUGGUCCGCUCGAACGAAAGUAGCGAGAAUGAGUGGAUCUACUCGCCCAACACUUCCGGCCGAAUGGCGGAUGAAAUGGACAAUCAAGAGCUGACCGUGAGAAAGAAAUUGAGUUUCGAAAGCGAAGAAGAUAACGACUCGUCGAGUAAGUCUUGGUACCAGUAUUCCAGCUCGGAAUCUGAUUGGCUGCACGGCGCCGGCCUCGAGCUCGACGAAGCCAGCGAAAUGGAAGAGAGUCUACUUCCUCCUCCGAGCGUGUCGGCUGAUUUACCUGAAGAAUCCGCUCACAAAGAGGCUGGUGGACGCGUUUACAACAAGGAGAAGGUGCACAAACUGGUGACGGAAGCCGAACAGAUGGUCUCCAUGUCCGGUGAUGCGUGCCGAGGCAAGAACCGCAAGCCGGAAGCGCGCUACAGCAAUCCAGAAGGGGUGCUGAACAAUAGCGAGUGCGACGCUAGUAGCGAACUCACUUCGGAGGGCGAGACGGACGGAGAGGACGUGCAAGAGGCUCCGGGAAGCAGCGGACGCAGAUCGGCCACGUUGAAUCGCACGUUCUUGGUGCCGGCGUCUGCCGAAACGGCCGAAACGGCUUCGCCCGUUGUGAUGCGAACGCGUCAGCGGAUCAAACCUCAACGGCCGCUCAGCUUCUCGGGACUUUCGGGCACACUGGCUGCUCUUUCCAACAGCGCUGACGGGGCUUCUGCUCGCUGGGCCGCAUCAGAGACGGCCCUGAACCACCUGAUGUCUUCUCCUGCCCGUUCGCCUUGCCUGUCCGGCUCGCGUCCGCUCAUGUGCCACGCGUCGACGCAGAAGGAUCGAUUGUCUCCGUCGAACGAAGCGCUCGGAUCUUCGUUGGCCGCGUUGAGCAGCUCCGGUUCGGUCAGCGCGGGCGGCCGUCAACGUCAGCGCAGACACUCUGCCCGUCUGCGGAACAAGAUGUCGUUGUCCCGUCGGGUAGAACACGACGCACAAAUGCUGCUGGGACCCAACGACAGUUGCGUUUCGCUUCAAUCUGCGAGGCUCUCGGCUUCGGCCGCUUCGGCCUCUUCGUCCGGCGAAGGCAGCAGCGCCGGAGCUGGAAGCCAACGCAGUCGGCGUGUCGUUAAAUCGUGCACGUUGACUCGCCUCGUUGAUGUCACCGCCCAGCUGCCCGUCGUUAAUAGCCCUCUGACGAUCGCGCAGCCCAGCCCACUCAAGCCUACGCUACCCUCCACCAAUUCCAGCCCACGAUCUGCCCCCAGCGAUGUGGAACUCGGCCUCGGUCACGUAGAUGAGACGAGCAAUUUCUCCGAACAGGCGUGGGACAACUAUGUGGAUCGUUACGCCAGCGAGGCGUACAGCGAAGAUCCACCAGAUGCCGAGAGUGCUCGUCGUUUGCUGGAAUUUGGUGAAGACUAUCGCAAUGAUUUGGAUAGCCUGUCUGAUUGCCCGUCGAGUCUAAGUGCUGAUCUGCGUGGAUUCCGGCCGCACAAUUUGCCAAAACGUUCGCCGCCAAAACGGCCGAAAGGGUUCGGCACGGCGGAUCGCUCGGCCCUGACAGAACUACGCCUUUUGGACUCGGAUUCCGAUGUGGAUGAUCUGGUUCACGUGGUUGAAACUUCUGCUUCGCAAUUCACGAUUGCACUCAACACCUUCCACAAAGUGGUUAGCAGCACUAGACUGGAACCUUCUCAAUAUGCCGAACUCCUGGCAACGUGCCGUACCAAUCUCCAGUGUCUGCAAACCAUACUGUCCCACUUGAAAAUGUCUGCAGAUGAACAUGCGUUGAAGCCUGUCAGAGAUUUAAUUGAGAAAUGGGCUAAACUGGAUGCUGAAGUUGCCCCCCUCUACCAGGAUGGCCUUCAGCAACGGCAGCUGCAGCAGCAAGUACAGUCUGUCAGAAACAAGCUAUUAGAGCUUGAGGCACUUGUUUUGGAUACCGGUGUGGAUGGUGACUUGCAGCUCAACCUGAAAAAGAUUCACCACAUUAGGGCUCAGGUGGAUGCAGAAAAGGAAUCUCUUCUGCAAGUGAAUGUCGAUGUCCACAGUUACAUGGCUCAACAGCCCCCAAAUGAAGAUGGUGUCAACUUGAAGGAGGACGUGGAUGGCCUCUACCACAUGUGGGAGGGGCUUGUCAAGAAAAUAUCUGAAAAGGAGGCGCUGCUGGAAGAUGCCGAAAAGACAUGGAAGGAAUUUCAAGAGCUAUUGCUGACGCUGAAAGCCGAAAUAGCCGCCGAUCAGAAGAAAGUUUGGUCUUAUUUUGACUUGCAAAGCACUGACUCAUCCCAACCUGGUCCAGCUGCCGCAUUGGACGCAUGUCAAAGCUCCAAUUGGAUGGAAAACUGGAGCAGUAUUCAGCUCAGUAUACAAUGCGACUCUGGAAUUUCAUCAGGAUCGGACGGUGAAUUUAUAUCGCUGGGUGAACGCGAGAAACGGUUGCACACUCUUAGGCAGCUGGCUCGGAAACUAGAAACCGCUUUGGCUCCGGGUAACGCGGCUCUGACGCGCAUCAACAGAACGCUCGAUCAAACGCAGCAAGACCUGAUCCUUUUGCAUAGUCAGCUAUCGCAAUUGCCGCCACCGCCGGUGAAAGUCGUGUCUACAACGAGCACGCUCAUCGUCUCUUCGCCGCCUGUUAAAGAGAUAUCGGUACAAACGGACCCGUUACUCGUGCCCAAGAAGAAACACCGCCGUGUGGGUGUGGUGGCGUCUACGGCGGCGGCCUGUCAGUCUGCGGUUCCUUAUUGGUGGCGCAUCGUCCGAGCAGCUCUACCGUUUCAUCUUGCCCUCGUUGCUUUGCUAUUAGCCGCCUGUGUUAUGGAGCCUUCUUGUUGCAAUUACCUCAACACGUUCGGCAGCUCUCUCGUGCCGAAAUUGAGCUACCUUGGAGGUCCACCUCCCAUCUGAAAAUGGUGGUGAUGUUCACCUGUUCGAGUCGCAAAAACAAUUCCAACUCUUCUUCGCCUGUCUUUCGUUUGCUACUGUCUAGGGCUGACUAGCAUUAUUAUUAUUACUAUUUUUCAUUCGAGCCUAGCUAACCGUUGAUUAGAUUAAGAUGCUGAAAGAUCUUUCCGGCGAGUGCGAGUUUUUUCCCCCCAAAUUCACUUUCCAUUUAUCUCCAUCGUAACAAAGUACCAAGUAUUAAUCCGUGUUCUAUUUGCCCACUGCGCCGUUAGAUGGCGUUGGCAUUCGCUCAUUGGUCUAAUGCCACACCAACUCUGUUGUCUGCUUUCAAUGGACCAACAAAUCUCAUAGUCGUUGUUUCCCUCAUCUCAUAAUCAUCGACAAUCUCGAUCAGACUUUCGUUUGAGAAAACGAACUCCCUUUUUCCCUUAAAAAAAAAUUGAAAAAAUCAUCGAAUAUAGCCAAUGUUAAAUACUAACGAUCAUAAGAGAAGAAAGUACAGAAACAAGUGCACUUUAAGAAGAAAAAAACAAACAAGAAACUCGUGUUUAGGUUGUUGGAGGGGAAAUGGUGGCUGUGCUUUAUUAAACAGAAAUGGGAAUAGUCUAGAUGAAACAGAAAAUGCCUUAUCUAAUUUAACUAAAAAUCACAAACUAAAAAUGCACCUGGUACUUUUUCACACUUUCGCGCGCGUGUGUUGUUUGUUUUUUUUGCGAGUGCCUGUCCUGUCUGAAAAUCUGGAGUCACAUUAACUUCAGUUUUUGUCUUGCAAUUAUCGAGUGGCCAUAAUGUACCUUAACUAAUGUCUAACCGCGUAACAGAUAGGUAUUAUCAUUGUUUAAAAUAUUUGAUAGAAUGGCUUAUUAAGUGAAUUUGCCCAUUUCUCUUGUUUAGAAUUGUUUUUUUUUUUCUUCUUCUUCUCCUCUUUCGCCUUCCAAAAUGUGCUACAUUAGAUUCAUGGAGAUGUGUGUGUGCGUAUGGACUUGGCUUCACUCUACAUCGAAUAAUCAGGAUUUAUCUAUUUAAAUCUUUACAAUUGCAGCAAAUGAAAGAAAAAAAAAUCAGACAGAAACCCAAUCUAGUUUUAUACCAUUAAUUAUGUCAAUCGAGUUUCUUGAGCUAUUAUUAUUAUUUUUUUUUUCCUCCAACAGUUUGGUUUCAAUACACGAUUUUAAGAAGUAGAA